AUGGGCGGCGAAUCUCACUACUUGACCCAACUUUAUAGGGCUGCUAACUCCUUUCCAGCGAAAGGUUUUUUGAGUGGCUUAUUCGCGUGUUACGCUAUCAACAAGGCAAGCUCUUUAUUGUCUCACUGUGUUCUCAAUAACUGGCAUCCGGCAGAGCCAUGGAACUCCCAGCAGGAGUUGGUGCUUAUUACCGGUGGGAGCAGUGGUAUUGGACAGACGAUCGCCGAGGAAUUAUCGGAGAGGGAGGUCAAAGUAGUGAUUAUUGACAUUCAGGAACCUGAAUUCACCCAUUCCCCGAAUAUCUACUUCUACGAAGCCGACGUUACAAGCACCGAUAGCAUCAAAGCAGCAGCAGAUAAAAUCAGGGCAAAGCACGGCCAUCCAACCGUCCUAGUCAAUAACGCCGGCGUCUUCACCAACGAUACCAUUCUAGAUGAACCAGAGUCUAUGAUUUGGAAAUCCUUCAAAGUGAACACACUCGCCCACUUCCUGACGGUCAAGGAAUUUCUUCCUAGCAUGGUGCGGCACAACCACGGCCAUGUUGUUACAAUGGCUAGCAUGGCUAGUUUUAUUACUGUUGGUGAAAUGGUUGAUUAUGCUUGUACUAAGGCCAGUGCGUUAGCUUUUCAUGAGGGUCUUUCACAGGAAAUUAGGCAUUGGUAUGGGGCGACUCGGGUUCGGACAAGUAUCGUUAAUCCACUAUGGGUCCGAACGCCUCUUAUUCGGAACCUCACAGACGCCGGUGAUUCUUUUGGUCAGCCCAUUAUGGAUACCCGGAUGGUGUCUGCUGCCGUGGUCAAGCAUAUUCUCGAGAGAAAGAGUGGCUCGAUCAUCUUACCUGCGUCCAGCUCCGUUGCUACUUUCAUUCGAUCGCUCCCUUCGUGGCUCCAGGAAUGGUUGAGAAAUAGCUUUUCGUUGAAGGUCAUGAGAGUGCGAAAUGAGUUUUGGUCACGCGAGCCAUCACUUUGA